GCGGAGGAGUCGGUCGGCUUAAGCUGGAUGUUCACGGAGAACUGACGUCUUUCCCCCCUCCCCAGAGUUUGGUGGCUGUUCCACAGCUACCGAGAAUCCGAGAUACCGUUACCUGCUUCUGUUUUUAAGAACACUUUGUCAGAACACGUCCAACAAUGGAAUCUCCCGUCUCAGUCACAACUUUCUUCGCCAUCGGGAUCAAGCGAUUCGAUCCUUGACAAGAGAAUUGCCUACGUACAGUCAGUCCUUCACAUCAGCUCGUCAUCCAUUAAGCCUGUCAGCCCCCGUUGGCCACGUUGUCACCAUGCCUGUCACCACGUUUGACUUCCCUGAGAAAUACAGGUAUCAGACCGGCUUCGACUCCCAUCUUGAGUCCGAAGCCGUCCCCGACUCGCUCCCCAUCGGCCAAAAUUCUCCCCAGAAACCGCCUCAUGGUCUUUACGCGGAGAAGCUUUCCGGAACCUCCUUCACGGCGCCUCGGCACGACAACAGGCAAGCCUGGCUCUACCGCAUCCUCCCCUCCUGCGCGCAUGCUCCGUUCGGCCCGGCCAUCACCUCGAUAGCAGAAAAGCAGGAGAACGGGGGGGGUGGGGAGAAUGGCGUGCAAUCCUCGCCCAAGUUGCACUACAUCCCCAACCAGUUGAGGUGGGAUCCUUUCGACCAUGACCAGUCCAAGACACUAGAUUUCGUCUCGGGACAACGCCUGGUUGCCGGCGCCGGCGACCCGACCCUGAAGCAGGGUAUCGGAAUCUACGUCUACGCCGCCGGCAAGGAUAUGGAGGACCGUUCGGCGUUCUACUCAGCCGACGGUGAUCUUCUCAUUGUGCCUCAGGAGGGAACUCUCGAUAUCCGCACCGAGUUCGGCUAUCUGCUCGUUCGGCCCAUGGAAAUCUGCGUCAUCCCUCGGGGCGUGAAGUAUCACGUAUCUCUUCCCUCCGGCUCAGCUCGCGGAUACGCUCUCGAGCUGUACCAGGGCCACUUCAAGUUGCCGGAACUCGGGCCCAUCGGCACCAACGGUCUUGCCAACGAACGCGACUUCCAGGCCCCCGUCGCCGCCUUCGACGAGGACUUUGGCGCCACCGCACAGGAGGGGCCCCACAGCUACACCAUCACCGUCAAGUUCGACAACACCUACUUCCAGGCCCACCAGUCACACACCCCCUUUGACGUCGUCGCCUGGCACGGGAACUACUACCCGGUAAAGUACGACCUCGGCCGCUUCAACACCGUCGGUACCAUCUCGUACGACCACCCGGACCCAUCCAUCUUCACCGUGCUCACCGCGCCGUCCGGCGUCCCCGGGGCCGCCAUCGCCGACUUUGUCAUCUUCCCGCCCCGCUGGCUCGUGGCCGAGGACACCUUCCGGCCGCCGUACUUCCACCGCAACACGAUGAGCGAGUUCAUGGGCCUCAUCACCGGCGACUACGACGCCAAGCGCGCCGGCCGGGGCGGUUUCGUACCCGGCGGUGCCAGCUUGCACAACACCAUGAGCGGACACGGGCCCGAUGCCGCCAGCAGCGAGGGGGCCCGGAACGCCGAGCUGCGGCCCGCCAAGGUGGGGACCGGCAGCUGCGCUUUCAUGUUCGAGAGCUGCGCCAUGGUCGGCGUCACGGACUGGGGUUUGCGGACUUGCAGCAAGGUUCAGGAACGGUAUGCCGAGGAGAGCUGGGGCGGUGUGCCUGUGCACUGGAAGCGGCCUGACGGAGUGUCAAAGGGUGCUCACCUGCUAAAGUAGGUUAUGUAAUGUGUUGUGUUUAGGACGCCGUUGUCCCAGAGACUGGGCUUACCUGAGUGGGAGGUUAUUUGGGUAGGGGGUCUGUGUUUCCAAUGCAACUUAGAGUGAAUUGCAGCCCAGCUUCGCCGCAAGAGACUUGUCGGGAUGCCUGCCCAUCUUUCUAGAAAGUGAAAGACUUAGAAGACCCCGUCGCCGACGAUUUCCUGGUGCGGCUGGCCUGGAAAGCCUCGUCGGGCCAGGCUGUGCCGGGCGUCACCAACGUGAACACAGCCGGCGGAGCCGAGGGAACUCCGUCCACAAACAUCCUAGGACGUAUGUUCUUUAUCUACGUGCUGACACAGUC